UAAGAGAGCGCGGUCUCUUGGUGCUUAUCCUCAACAGUUCGCCCGCCUGUUCCCGAUUCUCGGAGGCGAAGCCGCUGCGUGCCGGUGGGGCGGGGGAUGGAAAAGCCGCUGGUGGGGACUGCUCGACGGGAAGGGCGAGUGCCGCUCUCGGAUGUGGUUGCGGAUUGCGUUCGCCGGUGGUUUCGGGAUACCUUAGAGGAAGCCAAGGCCGGUGAUGCCACGAUGCAGGUUCUUGUUGGCCAGAUGUACCAGAGCGGCUAUGGGGUUCCUCGGAAUGAACAGAAGGCUAAUGCAUGGUUUACGAAAGCUUCAAGACACCGGUCCUCUGUUUGGAAGGUUAGCGAGAAGCAUCCAGGUUAUAAUGCUAGUGACUCUGAUUCUAAUGAGACGACCAUGGAGAACAGCUAAUUCCUGUUCAAUAUAGGUGCACUAAUUGGGGGCUUAACUCUUGUUCACCGGGGUGCAUCGGUGCCUGCACAGCUUUCAAUCUCGUAAAUUCGGACUCCAUUUAUACGAUUUAUUCGCACGGUUCCUAACCAUAUUUCGUACAUAACAUGACCUUCAUUCUCUAGCCCCUCAUUUAAACUCAACUUCAUCAAUAGUUACUUGAUCCUUUACCUUCCUGCUUUGACAUAAAUGCUCAAAUUUGUGAAUCUUUAAAUUACAGAACUGUUAUUAUGAUUCACAGUCACACCACUGAAGGGGUGAAAGGGUGAAAACAAUAAUAUUUUCAUUUUACAUGUCUCAGUUUGGUAAUUUGAAUGAUUGUUACAUCGUUCCAAACACUGUUUGUUUCUUGAGAUGAAGAGAUAAAUUCACUUCUUAUUAAGUUUGCACAGUUUAGAAUAGCCCUGUUAUUACAACUUUACAAUAUAACACAAUCUUGUUGGUGUUGAAUUUAAGCUUUUAUUUAGUUGUGAUGUUGAAGCUGCUGAUUGAGCAGAAAGACCUCGCUGUACAAAGCCUCUUCUGCUAAGCUUUUUUUUUUGGGGACAUUUGCAUGCAUAGCACACAAUUCUUAUGUAUUUACAUAUCUCACAUCUAAACUUUCGUAUUUACACGCAGCACUCAAGUCUUUAAUACCACAUAAAAAAUAUCAUAAUUAUAUAUAUUUUUUUAAAGUAAAAUACAUGGUACUAUGUAUGUUAAUAUGAAAGUAUAGGGGUGAGAUAUGUAAUAUAAGAAUUGCGUGCUAUGCAUGUAAAUUUCCCAAAUUUUUUUUUUUGGCUUCUGGGAAGG